AUGGGCAAGAAGAAGCGCGGUCAUCCCGAUAUCGAGGAGGUUCUCGCGCGUCCUUGGUGUUACUACUGCGAGCGCGACUUUGAUGAUCUGAAGAUUCUAAUCUCACAUCAAAAGGCAAAGCAUUACAAGUGCGACAGAUGUGGACGCAGACUCAACACAGCUGGAGGUAAGUUGACGCGAUUGACUAGAGGGAGGCUUCAACUGACUUCGAGCNNAGGUUUGUCCGUUCACAUGAACCAAGUACACAAGGAGAAUCUGACUACGGUGGAGAAUGCUCUGCCCAAUCGCUCCGCUCCCGACAUUGAGAUCUUCGGCAUGGAAGGCAUUCCCGACGAUGUUAUGCAGCAACACAACCAGCGUGUUAGCCACGAGUUCUUCGCCGCCGAGGCUGAUCGACGCGCUGCUACAGGCAAUCCUGUUCCUGGUUCGUCGAUACAAGGAGCUGCAGGUACGAAGAAGCCGAAGCUCGAGUCACCAGCCGAGUUGAAGGCACGCUUGGCUGAACACAAGGCAAGAAAGGCGGCUGAGAGGUCGGGUCUGGGGAGCGCUCCUGACACGCCUGUAAGUUGGACCGUCAUGUCGAACUGCUAUUCUGAAUGCUUACACGCCGAUAAGGCCGACGUUGCCACUCCUCCUCAAUACCAGUCAAGCUUNCCCCCUCCUUCGGCACCACAAGCCGCCAGCCCACCGCCUACCGCUUACCCUCCCCAAUCCUACGGCCAAGCCCCUGCUGGGUAUGGUCAACAACCUCCGCCCUUCAACUAUGGCGAAUCGCCGUAUGGAGCACCUCCAGGGCCCUUCCCGCCAGGUCAGUUUGGAUCCCAGCCAUCAUAUUCACCCUCACAGCCCUAUGGCGGUCAAGGCCCUCCUGCGCCUUUUGUUCCUCCUGCUCAGUAUGCCUAUCCUCCACACUCUGCAAGUCCAUCUCAAUACCAGAACUCCCGCCAUGCUCCGCCCAUGAGUCCGCCUGCACAGGAAUUGCCGACCCGCCAGAAUAGCCUUCCUUCAGCCCCAGGCCUUCCGCAGCGCCCUACCUUCAAUGCGCCUCAUGUCAGCAGAGAGCAACUCGCCGAGAUGCACAGUGGAAACAUGGGUGGCCCUGUUGCUCCUCCGCAAGAGUCUGGUGCUAACGCAACAAGCGUGGACGAACUUAUCUCAGGCGUUGCGGCUCAACAAUCCGCAAAGUCUGCUCCUUCACAACAACCCACGCCUACUCCAGCUCCAGAAAAAGAAACCGAGAGCGCCGGCAAGAAGUCUAAGAAGGCCACACGUCUGGUCUACUCUGAUCAAGAAGUGUCUCCUGAAGANAAAAUGGCCCAAAUGCCCAGGUAUGCCUUUACUCCAGACAAAGGUGGCGAAACUUACCUGGCACCCGUCGAGGCAAAUGUCACUGGCAUUGUCCGAGGUCCCGACGAUGUGAUCGAUGCACAGGGUUAG